AUGAUUAAUCCCAUUUUCACAAAAGAACUUUUUGAGGCCUUGCUUAGGAAUUAUGUUGUCUAUCAUAGAACUGGCCUAGCAUAUCAUCCUCAGACAAGUGGGCAAGUAGAAGUGUCUAAUUGUGAGAUAAAGACUAUCUUAGAGAAGGUGGUAGCUAAAUCUAGGAAGGACUGGAGUGACAAAUUAGGAGAAAAGCGCCAACUGCAACUUAAUGAGCUUGAUAAAGUCCAUUUGAAUGCUUAUGAUAGUUUGCGUCUUUAUAAAGAGCACAAUAAGAGAUGGCAUGAUAAGAAAAUUUUGAUCAGUGAAGAGUUCUCUAUUGGUGACAAGUUCUUAUUGUAUAACUCUAGACUAAACUUUUCCCUGCUAGGGAUGUUAAGCCAUGCAACUAUUGCCCAAUCAGAUGGUGGUAUGGGAGCAGGAAAUUCGGCAUUUUCUUCAGAGUCUCAUUCCUCUUCCAGUUCCAGCAUGAGUUCUUCCAGCAGCUUUCAUAAACAAGAAGAGUACUGGAAGGAACAUUUAGGAGAAAAUACAAAAAUGCCAAAGGCUAUCAAGGAUUCUUUGAAUGAGAAUAAUAACCAAGAAGGUGCUUCACAAAUGGAUGGUAAUUCGAUGGUCAAGUUUAAAAGUUAUGUUGGUGCUAAAAAUUCGGGAAGUUUUAACUUUAAUUCAAAUAAACAAACGGGAAUUGAUUUUAAUAGUGGCGGCACGGGAAAAUCGAAGGAUGGAAGUUUUGGUUCUUCAAGCUCAAGCCAAGCAUCAAGCAAAUGGGCUAGUGAACAUUCUAGCCACGCGUCAAGCCAAUUCUCAAGAUCAAAUCAAGCCUCUAGCCAAGCAUCAGCUGAGGCUUCUGGAAAGUCUUCAAGUCAUGAAUCAAACCAACAUUCAAGUCAAGCAUCAGGAUCAUCAGAAUCCUCAAGUCACUCAUCAAAUUCUGGACAUGUUUCAAGUGAAUCUAAUCAAUCUUCUAAGACACCUACAGAUCAAGAAUCAAGCCAAGCAUUGAGUCCAUCAGAAGCCACGAAUCAAGCAUCAAAUCAAUCAUCUUCAGCCCAAUCAUCUCAGUCAAAUCAAGCUUCGAGCCAACCAUCAAGUCAAUCUUCUACAACAUCUUCAGGUCAAGAAUCAAGCAAAGCUUCAAGUCAAGCAUCACAGUCAAACCAAUCCUCUAGUGAAGCUUCAAAGAGAUCAUCAGGAACAUCUUCAAGCCAAGAAUCCAAUCAAUCUUCAGGUUCAUCUUUUGAUCAAGGUUUAAAUCAAACAACAAAAUCACCUCAAGACUCGGAUAAGAAAUCAGUAAGCACAUCAUCCGAAAAUGACUCCAACAAAGCAUCUAAUAAUUUGAUAGAAAAUCCUUCAAGCCAUAACUCUAACCAAGUAUCAGAUGCAACAUCAAGCAACUCUUCUAAUCAAGCUUCAGGCAACGACUCCAAUCACACUUUUGAACAAUCACCUGAAAAUUCCUCAGGUCAAGUGUUGAGUAAAAACUCUAGCCAAGCAUCCCAACAAUCAUCUGAAAAGUCUUCAAGUCAAGCAUCUAGGCAUUCUUCUCAAAAUUCAUCAAGUCAAAACUCAAAUCAAGCAUCUCAUCAAUCAUCUAAUAUGUCUUCUAGCAAAGCCGCAAAUCGCAACUCAAGUCAAGCAUCUGAGAAUUUUUCUAAAAGUUCAUCAAGUCAAGCCUCAAAUAAACACAAUAACCAAGCCUCUAGCAAAGAUUCUAGUGAAGGUUCUGCACAAUCAUCCGGUGAAACCUCAAAACAAUACACUAAUGAAGGAUCUAAUAGAACAUCAAGCCAACACUCUGGUCAAGAAUCCCAACAAGCCACAAACCACAACUCAAACCAAGCCUCAAACAAGUAUUCUAAUGAGUCAUCUGGUGAAUCAUUAAAUCAACACUCCAACCAAACUUCUCAACAAGCAUCAAGCCAACAAGCUAAUAAAGGAUCUGAUCGAACAACUAGCCAACAUCAAGCUCAUGAAUCGUCCCAACAAGCAAAUCAUACAUCUAGCCAAGCCUCAGGCAAACACUCAAAUGAAUCAUCUACUGAAUCAUCAAACCAACACUCGAACCAAACUUCUCAUCAACAAGUUAAUGAAGGAUCCAAUCAAACAACUAGCCAACAUCAUGCUCAUGAAUCGUCUCAGCAACAUGAAACAAAUCACACAUCUAGCCAAGCUUCAAACAAACACUCAAAUGAAUCAUCUAGUGAAUUAUCAAACCAACACUCAAACCAAACUUCUCAACAAGCCUCAAGCCAACAAGCUAAUGAUAAAACCAAUCAAACAUCUAGCCAACACUCUUCUCAUGAAUCCCAACAAGGCACAAACCAUACCUCUAACCAAGCAUCUAGUCAAGCCUCAAAUAAACACUCUAAUGAAUCCUCUAGUGAAUCAUCAAAUCAACAUUUCAACCAAACUUCUCAGCAAGCCUCAAGCCAACAAGGUAACGAAGGAUCCAAUCAAACAUCUAGUCAGCACCAUAAUAAUCAUGAAUCCCAACAAGCCACAAACCACACCUCCAACCAAGUAUCUAGCCAAGCCUCAAAUAAACACUCUAAUGAAUCCUCUAGUGAAUCAUCAAAUCAACAUUUCAACCAAACUUCUCAGCAAGCCUCAAGCCAACAAGGUAACGAAGGAUCCAAUCAAACAUCUAGUCAGCACCAUAAUAAUCAUGAAUCCCAACAAGCCGCAAACCACACCUCCAACCAAGCAUCUAGCCAAGCCUCAAACAAACACUCUUAUGAAUCAUCUGGUGAAUCAUCGAAUCAACGCUUCAACCAAACAUCUCAACAAUCGUCAAGCCAACAAGCUAAAGAAAGAUCCAACCGAACAUCUAGCCAACACCAUUCUCAUGAAUCAUCCGAAAAAGCCACAAAACAUGACUUUAACCAAGCAUCUAGCCAAGUCUCAAGCAAACACUCAAAUGAAUCAUCUAGUGAAGCAUUUGACCAGCACUCAAACCAAACAUCUCAACAAGCCUCAAACCAACAAGAUAAUGAAAGAUCCAAUCAAACAUCUAGCCAACACUCUACUCAUGCAUCCCAACAAGCUACAAAUCACACCUCUAACCAAGCAUCUAGUCGAGCCUCAAACCAACAUUCUAAUGAAUCAUCUAGUGAAUCAUUAAAUCAACAUUUUAACCAAAGUUCGCAACAAGCCUCUAACCAACAAGCGAAUGAAGGAUCCAAUCAAACAUCUAGCCAGCACCAUAAUGAUCAUGAAUCCCAACAAGCCACAAACCACACUUCAAACCAAGAAUCUAAUCAAGCCUCAAACAAACACUCUAAUGAAUCAUCUAGUGAAUCAUUAAAUCAUCACUCCAACCAAAAUUCUCAACAAUCCUCAAGCCAAAAAGCUAAUGAAGGAUCGACCAAAACAUCUAGUCAACACCAUGCUCAUGCAUCGUCCCAACAAGCAACAAAUCACACAUCUAACCAAACAUCUAGCCAGCACCAUAGUCAUGAAUCGUCCGAACAAGCCACAAAUCACACUUCUAACCAAGCAUCUAGCCAAGUCUCAAGUAGACACUCAAAUGAAUCAUUUAACCAACACUCAAACCAAACUUCUAAUCAAACCUCAAGCCAACAAGCUAAUGAUAAAACCAAUCAAACAUCUAGCCAACACUCUUCUCAUGAAUCCCAACAAGCCACAAACCAUACCUCUAACCAAGCAUCUAGUCAAGCCUCAAAUAAACAUUCUAAUGAAUCAUCUAGUGAAUCAUCAAAUCAACAUUUCAACCGAAAUUCUCAGCAAGCCUCAAGCCAACAAGGUAAUGAAGGAUACAAUCAAACAUCAAGCCAGCACCAUAAUAAGCAUGAAUCUCAACAAGCCACGGAUCACACCUCCAACCAAGCAUCUAGCCAAGCCUCAAAUAAUGAGUCUAAUGAAUCAUCUAGUGAAUCAUUAAAUCAACACUCGAACCAAACUUCUCAACAAUCCUCAAGCCAACAAGCCAAAGAAGCAUCUAAGCAAGCCUCAAGCCAACAAGCUAAUAAAACAUCCGAGAAAGACAUAGGUCAACAAUCAGAAGAAUCAUCUCACCAAGAUUCGAAUAAACAUGCAAGCCAAGUACCGAACCAAAGCACUAGACAAUACUCGGGGCAAACAUCUAAGACAACCUCAAGCCAAGAAUCUAGCCAAGCAUCUAAAACUAAAUCAAAACACCAAUCCAGCAAAGGUUCAGAGCAAUCACCUAGUGAAGCCUCAAGUCAAAACUCUAGUGGAGAAUCUAAUCAAUCAUCUAACCAAGACUCCAAUCAACGAUCAAAACAAGCCUUAGACCAUCACUCUAACCAAUCAUCUAGUGAAGCCUCAAACUACCACUCUAACCAAUCAUCUGGUAAAGCCUCAAGUCAACAAUCUAGUGGAGCUUCUGGUGAAACCUCAAACCAACAAUCUAGUGGAGCUUUCGGUGAAACUUCAAACCAACAAUCUACCCAAGCUUCCAAGCAAAACUUAAGUCAACAAGCUAGCAAAGAAAAUAAUCAAGCUUCAGAUCAAUACUCUGGCCAAGAAUCACACCAAGCUUCAAGCCAACACUCAAAUCAAAAUUCUAAGCAUACAUCUCAUGGAGUCUUUGGGCAAUCAAAAGGUGAAGCCUCAAGCCAAGGCUCUAAUCAAGGAUUUGAUAAAGUAUCGAGCCAAAACUCACGUCAAGGAUCCAGACAAGACUCAAGCCACCAUUUUGGGCAAGCAUCUGGAGAAGUCUCAAGCAAACAAUCUAGUGAAUCAAACCAAUCAAACCAAACUUCCCAGCAAAUCUCAACCCAACGAGCUAGAGAAGAAUCGAAAGAAGCCUCACAUCAAAACUCUAGCCAAACAUCCAAACAAGCUUCGAGCAAAGCAUCUGGUGAAGCCUCAAGCCAAGACUCCAACAAACAAUACGAAAAAGCAGUAAAGCAACAGUCUAGCGGGGGUACUGAACAAUCUUCUGGUGAAGCGUCAAGCCAACACUCUAAUGAAGGAUUUGAUAAAACAUCAUCUAAACUCUCCGGCCAUGAAUCCGAACAAGCCUCAAGCCAACAUUCUAGCCAAGCAUCUGAAGGAAUCUCAAGCAAACAAUCUAAUGAAGCAUCUGCUAAAUCAUCAAGCCAACACUCUAGCCAAGCAUCCAAUAAUUCCUCAAGCCAACAUUCUAACCAAGCCUCAAGUCAACAGUCUAGCAAAUCAUCAAAUCAAGACUCAAGAAAACACUCUAGCGCCAAGUCUAGCAAAUCUUCUAGUCAAUCUUCUAGCCAAACCUCAAACCAUGCCUCAAGUUCAAGUAAGGGCUUCUAUGGACCUCCUAAAUCAUCAGCCAUAGACAUGACAAAAAGCUAUGGAGCACCUAUAUACUCACCCAUAAGCACAGAGGUGCCAAACUCUAAUAAUGCAGUUAAAGGAGGCCAAUCCAUGCAAGAAGAUGUAGCCUCAAUUGAGGAUUCAGUUGCUUCUCUAUUCUUUGCUGAGGGGGACUUAAGCCUAGGGAAAAAAAUGAAGCUCCAUUUUAGAAAAUCAACCAAUCCAACCACCUUUUUGUCUAGAGACAUGGUUGAGAAGCUACACUUUUCUCAGACCAAUCUGCCUGAGAUCUUAAAGCACUUUAAUCUCAAAGAGGAUUCACCACAAGCUACCAUUAUGAACGAAACCUUGCAAUAUUGUGAGGAUGACAAGGCUGGUGACAAGUGUUGCUACUCCUUGGAGUCUAUGGUCGAUUUUGCAACCUCUAUUAUAGGGAAGCAAGUUAAAGCAAUAUCAGCAAAUAUAGAUAAAGAUAUCAAGAUGGAGUACAAAGUCCAAGGAAUCAAGAAGCUACCAUGUGGAAAUGAAGCAGUAGUUUGCCAUAAGAUCCCUUUCCCUUGUGCUGUAUUCUAUUGCCAAAAGGCUGAGAAUAUGGAUGUGUUUAUAGCAACUUUGCUAGGCUCGGAAGGAUCCAACUUGAAUGCACCAGCAGUUUGCCAAAAAAGUACCAACUCCGCGAAUCAAGCUGAUUCAAAGAACUGCGCCAUUUGUCAUUUCCUGCUAGAUGAUGAUGUAUUAUGGAUUGCUAAGUAA